UCACAAUAAUAUAUUGCCUUUCUUCCCGUCAGCUAUAUAAAUGUUCUCCUUGCUCUCCCUAGCAGUCCUAACCAUUUGACGAUCCGACCCUACCCUGGCAUCGUUCAAAGAAUCUCUCCUCUCUUCUCUCAAUACAUAGAGCCGUCCGUUCUAUCCCAUUAUCUACAACUCCUUCUAGCCAUCAUCAUUCAGUCACCUCAUCCUAACAGUAUGCCUGGCGCAACUCCAUAUAUCGGAAAUGCCACAAGGAUAUGGGAGAUCAAUGUGCACUGGAGCUUGUAUUCUCAGUGCGGAAUAUGGGAUCCUAAAGGUCGCGGCGUGGAUAUUUGGGAAUGCAUUAGAGCUCAUGACUCAACCCAGUUUACCCAGCCACCAAAUGGUGUUUAUUGGCGCUACAUCGCCCGCCGGUAACCAAUCUAUGGUUUUAUGAACACUGCCAUAAGCCAAACCUUGACACCGUGAUUCUAUCACGUUACCGCUCGUGGUCAUCUGGUACCCACAGACGCCCAACCCAAUCUCAGGACUGCGGCAUGCCACCCUCAACGUCGCAAGUGAAGGUUAUAUAUCUCCCAGGUAUAGGAGAGACACGCGUGGUCACAUUGCCUUCGAUGAGGGAUGUGGAGGGUCAUUCAUGAAUGACAUGCAUUUUUACGAUACUACUCUUCUUUGCAUUUUCUUUGGCUGGUUCCGAACUUCCGCUUCGUUAUGGUCACGUUCACCCCCUUUUGUGGUAUAUUUACUUAUUUCGUUAAGUCUUCUGGCACAAAACACUUACUAUACAUGUCUAUUCUAAUAUCCACCGCAAUUUUUUGGGAAGCACAACUACAGGUAGACCUAAUAGACGAUGUCGUCCCUCCACUAC